AUGACCCAGGAGGGGCAGGGACCACGCCAGACUGAACCCACUACACCCCCAGACAUCCAGGGGGUGACCCCAGCUCACCCUUCAGAGGAGUCAGCCACAGACCAAGGGCUGGAGGGGCUAGGUCUGGAGGUGAAGGUGGAGGGGAUAGAGGCGACCAAUGAGGAGGAAGGGGAGGGAAGUGUUACGGUAGAAGGGGAAGUACACGGAGAAAGAGAAGGUGGGGAAAGUGGAAAGAGAGAGGGUGAUGAGGUAGGUGAGGGAGUGGAACAAGUGAUGCAGGGAGAAGGAGAGGUGCAUGAAGAGAGAGAGAGUAUGGCAGAGACAAGUGAUGAAGAAGAUGGGCUGGGGGAUGAGAGGAUAGAUUCAGAGGAUGGUCAGACGGAUGGAGAACUAGAGAGAGUGGAGGAGGUGGAGAAGGAGGGGGAUAACAUGAACACAGAGGCCACAUAUGAGGCAGAACCAGCCUGCAAGCCCAGCUGUGAGGAGGAGGAGGAAGGAGAGGAGGAGGAGGAGGAGUUAACACCACCACCACCUGAGAACCAGGAAGAGGACCAGGACUUACCAGACCCACCGCAGUCUCUGGACAUAAUCAGGCUGGAGAACGGGAUAGGACCUGAGAACGGAAUCGAAGGGCAUGAAGAGGAGGAUGAUGAAGAGGAUGAAGAUGAGGUAGAAGGAUGCGGCUUAGUAGAGGUCAUCCAGGAACACCUGGACAUGUUCAGCUCCACCUUCGAGUGUUCCGUAGAGCUGGCGGACACAGAGGUGGAGGAAGAGGAGGAGGAGGAGGAGGAGGAGGAGGAGGAGGAGGAGGAGGGGGAUGGGGAUGGGAGAGGUAACCAGGACAGUUUCAGCUCUGUGUUUGAACGCAUCGUGGAGCAUGUUGUGGUCAUAGAGAGGGAGGAAGAGGAAGAUGAGGAAGAGGGCGAGAGGGAGAAGAACACGGUGGACAACAAGGACGGCUUCAGCUCGACGUUUGAGCGUAUCGUUGAGUCUGCGCUUCUCCGCGGGGGGACGUGCUACAGUAGUCUGGACUCUCUGGAUGUCCUGUCACUCACAGACGAGACAGACAGCUGCGUCAGCUUCGAGGCGCCACUCACCCCCCUUAUUCAGCAGCGGUCCUUCCUUCAGAGCCCUGAGCCACUGGAGCUGGAACUAGCCACCGUCAUGGAGCAGGAGGGGAGUGAGGCUGGAACCGAGGCCCAGCAAGGAGAGCCUGAGGCUGGGGAGAGUGCUGCAGGGCCUGGGCCUGGACCUGGAGGAAGCCCACUAAGGACCACCAUCACCGGGACGAGAUCAGAGUUUGUACUGAGCCAGCCUGGCCGGUGGGACAUCCCUAAUGGGUUUCAUACAGACACCCAAGGGGGAGUGGAGGGCUCUGGAGCCAUACCCAACUCAAUGAGGUAA